AUGGCGGACAAGAAGCUGGUGGUGGUCUUCGGAGCCACGGGUGCCCAGGGGGGCUCAGUGGCCCACACGCUUCUGGAAGAUGGGACGUUCAGGGUUCGAGUGGUGACCCGGAACCCUGGGCAGAGGGCAGCAAAGGAGCUGAGGCUGCAGGGUGCGGAAGUGGUGCAGGGAGACCAGAACAAUGAGGCCAGCAUGGAGCAGGCCCUGACUGGGGCUCAUGCCACCUUCAUUGUGACCAACUACUGGGAGAACUGCAGCCAGGAGCAGGAGGUCAAGCAGCCUUGUGGUCUCUCCUUUCCUGCCCACCAGGGAAAGCUGCUGGCCGAUCUGGCCAAGCGCCUGGGCCUCCGCUACGUGGUCUAUAGUGGUUUGGAGAACAUCAGAAAGCUGACGGCGGGGAGACUGGCAGCGGGCCACUUUGAUGGCAAAGGAGAGGUGGAGGAAUAUUUCCGGGACAUUGGCGUUCCCAUGACCAGUGUGCGGUUGCCCUGCUAUUUUGAGAAUCUCCUCUCCUACUUUCUGCCCCAGAAAGCCCCAGAUGGAAAGAGCUACUUGCUGAACCUGCCCAUGGGCGACAUUCCCAUGGACGGCAUGGCCGUGACCGACCUGGGUCCCGUGGUGCUCAGCCUACUGAAGACACCAGAAGAAUACAUGGGCCAGGACAUUGGGCUCAGCACCUGCAGGCACACGGUGGCCGAGUAUGCCGCGCUGCUCACCAGGCACACCAGCAAGCCUGUGCGUGACGCCAAGAUGACUCCUGAGGAUUACGAGAAGCUCAGCUUCCCUGGGGCUCAGGACCUGGCCAACAUGUUCCGCUUCUAUGCCCUGAAGCCCAACCGUGACAUCGAGCUGACCCUGAGACUCAACCCCAAGGCACAGACGCUGGACCAGUGGCUGGAGCAGCACAAAGGGGACUUUGCCCGGCUGUGA